AUGACCGAACAAGCUCAAUCUGCAGGUAUUCCAAGGGAUACCACCCCCAGUCGAAUGUCUGUAGUUGCAAUUGCUAGAAAUGCCGCAAUCCUCUUGUUUCUCUGUGGUAUCAUUGCACUCCAAUGGGAGCCAACAGAGAAAGCAAAGGCCCCUGUCCCUGUUGAAACACCUGCGAUGUUUGAACAACCCGAAAACGUUGAGCAGAACGAUACACCUGUUCAACCAAUGCUGGAAGACCCUCUUCUUACAACAGUCAAAAACAUCCGAGCACACAGACGCCUUAGCGUUAAUACCGAAGUUGAUGAGAGUGCCUCCGUGGAUGAAGAUGAUCGAUCUGCUCGCCGGCUGAAAGGAAAAGGAAAAGGUAAGGGUGGUGGCAGAGGCUACUCUGGAAGAUCCAAAGGAAAAGGUGGAAAGGGUGGCAGCAAGUCCAAGUCAAAAGGAGGAAGAGGAAGAAGCGGAGUUAAUCCUGAGGACACCUUCAGCCCGUUCCCCACCCAGACUCCAUUCCCUACAUCUACCCCUUUCCCAACUUCUACGCCCAUCCCUACCGCAACCCCUGUUCCCACCUGGACACCAUUCCCCACUUUCACCCCUUUCCCAACUGUCACCAAGUCUCCCGAUGCAAGUCCGUCGACAUCUACAUCGCCCGAUGCAAGUCCGUCGGCAUCUACAUCGCCCGAUGCAAGUCCAUCGGCAUCGACAUCCCCAGCGGGAACAUCGGCUCCUUCGCCAUCAGCGCCCACAACCACAACCACGGCCCCAACCACAGAUGGUACCACAGCUCCAACGACCGCCGGUACCGCAGCGCCAACAGCUACAGCAGCACGUCUGUAA